AGGUGAGCGUGGUUGAAUGACUUCCACCUUCUGCCGGGAGCGGAGUGCAGUGUUGCAACAGUGUUGCUACACCAUGUUUUUUGGGCGAAUCAGGACUCAGUGAAACAGUUAAUCAUUCCUUCAACAGCCUUGAACUGAAGUCAGCAGCAGUAAGACAGUUUCUAAAGAGGAAGCAGACGGGAGGCGGAUUUCUCUCACUGACGACUAACAUACUGAACAUUUGACCAUGGCAGACAACAAGAUGGGCCCAAACCUCCAGGCUGGAGCUGGAUUCCUCGCCAAACGGGUCCAGAAGUCUUUGAAUCGAGCUCAGGAGAAGGUCCUUCAAAAACUGGGCAAAACCAUGGAGACCAAGGAUGAACAGUUUGAGCUGUGUUUCCAGAACCUCAACAAACAACAGAUCGAUGGAAGCAGGUUGUUUAAAGAUGUCAAAGCCCACCAUACAGCAGUGAAAGCCGUGCAUGAGACAUCCAAGCGUCUGUCCCAGACGUUGCGAGACAUCUACGAACCAGACUGGAAUGGAAUGGAGGAUCUUGCUGUCAUUACAGAGAGUGAAGACUUGCUGUGGAAUGACUAUGAAGAGAAACUAAGUGACCAGAUUGUCCGCACCAUGGAGAACUAUACCAGCCAGUUUCCUGAGGUCAAGGAACGAGUAGCUAAACGCGGUCGCAAGCUGGUGGACUACGAUUCAGCACGUCACCACCUGGAAGCAUUACAGAGUGCCAAGAAAAAGGAUGAUGCCAAAAUAGCUAAGGCAGAGGAAGAGUUCAACAAAACCCAGAAUGUCUUUGAAGAGAUCAAUAAGGAGCUGAGGGAGGAGCUGCCUGUUCUCCAUCAGAGCCGUAUAGGUUGCUAUGUGACGGUUUUCCAAAACAUAUCAAACCUGAGAGAUGUCUUCUAUAAGGAAAUGAGCGUGCUAAACCGCGAGCUGUACAAUGUGAUGAAGAAACUGGAGACUCAGCACUCUGGAAAAGCUUUCAUCAUCAAGGGUCUGAGCAGCACCACAAGCAAGUCAAAGAAGAGGAAGUCCCUGGUUAUCUCCAAUCCCAUCCCUUGCAAUACAGCUUUCCCAAGCGACCACGUCUCCAUCCAUUCUUCCACUGAGAAUGGAAAAGACGAUGUGCCCUCUUCCCCCGUCCAACGACCUCAAAGCAUGUCUGAAGAAACCGGCCUAGCAGAACAAAGUGGUGUCUCAUCCAUAGACGUCAACUCGUCAGACUCCGAUCUCUGCUCCAGCGGCACCAACACACCUCAGAGGCAGUCAGUCUGUGAGAACGAGAACAGUGAGGGGAGCACAGGAAGUCAAAGUCCAGAGGAGGUGGAGGUGGAGGUGGAGGCAGACGCAGUGGCAGAGGCAGAGGCUGAACUUGCUGCAAACCAGUCAGAUGACUCCGGGGUGGGUGUCCCAAAGUCAGAUGGUGCAAGUCAGGAAGUGUCCAAUCCCUCUGAUUCUGCAGACAGUGUCCCACAGAGUCCAGAGAAGGAGACUGUGAGUAAUCUGCCAACAGAGGAGGCCAAACCCAAACCUCCUCCGGUUCCUGCCCCUCGCCUCUCCUUCCGCUCCACAGAUAGACCCACUAUCUUACCUGCUGAGGAGCAGGAGGAGCUGGAGGAGACAGAGGACGCAUCAGACAACCAGGAGACCACUGACUCAGGAGAUGACCCCAGUUCCCAGAAUCCACCAGGUUUCCUGUACAAGGGGGUGGCGCGAGAGAGCCAUGCAGCGUCUGAAGGUGGUCUGCUGCAGUUUGAAAGGGGAGACGUCAUCCUGGUGCUUUCUGACCCAGAGCAGGAAGGUCUGGUGAAGGGGAUCAGGGAGGAGAGCUGGAACCAGCACAGGGAUCUACAAAGUCACUCUGGGAUCUUCUCGGAAAAACUCCUCCAGGGUGUUGAGGCAGAGUGAGGCAAUAGUCUCUCCUCAGUCUGUAAUACUUUCUUCUUCCGUCGAACAGUUAGUGACUCACACACAGAGGGAGUGAACCCAUAUGUUGUGGGUGCAGAAGCUGUACAAACAGAUGAGCACAAGUCCCACGUGGUGCCUCACAUGCUAUGAUGUUGCAACUUCUGGAACAAAAGUGACUGAGCUUUAGAACAUUUUGUGACAGAUGUUUAUAUUGUUACAUUUUACAGUAUUUUGUCCUUAUUGUAUUUUGUCCUUUUUUCUUUCUUUCCGCCAAACACUGUGAAACAAAAAAAAUGUUUUUAUACUCAUGCUGUGAUCUUUGUAAUUUCCUAAUAAAGUUCUAAAUAAAAGAUAA